CUGCUGCUGUCGUCGCCGCCGCCGCCUGCACCACUGUGCCUGUUGCUGCAAGCCGCCGCGGAACCCACGGCGCUGCAGCCGGGAGGAGAAGCGGCGCGAGACUGCAGAGCGGUCCCCACCCCAGCUGCUGGUGGCGGGAAGAACGCAGCCAGCAGGGGAUGAUGGAUACCCCUCCCGCCCCGGCCAUCUCCGGGCUUGCCCCAGGCACCUGCGCUCCCCGGCCUGGCCCGGGGCUCUGAGCGCACAGUUUCAGGGGAAAUCCAACACCAUCUUCUGACCUCUGAGGACACUGCAUGCAAGGAUGCACUUACAUACACGCAGGAUUCUGCCCUCAGAAGCGUAUAAAAUAGAUUGCUCACUCUAAAAUAGGAAAACAGUGGCAAGCUUUUGCUGAAUCUCCGGACCUUUCCCAAGAUGGAAGCAAUCACAUUCACGGCAAGGAAACAUCCAUUCCCUAACGAUGUCUCUGUGGACUUUGGCCUGCAGCUGGUGGGCUCCUUACCUGUGCAUUCUCUCACCACUAUGCCCAUGCUGCCAUGGGUGGUGGCUGAGGUUCGAAGACUCAGUGGACAGUGCUCCAAAAAGGAGACUGUGAUCAAGCCAGUCCGGCUUUGGGUCUCACCUUCUGGACUGAGAUGUGAACGUGACCCAGGGAGAAGUCAACAAUGGGACCCACUGAUCUGUUCCAGCAUCUUUGAGUGCAAGCCUCAGCGGGUUCAUAAACUGAUUCACAACAGCCACGACCCAAGUUACUUCGCUUGUCUCAUUAAGGAAGAUGCUGCGCACAAGCAGAGUCUCUGCUACGUGUUUAAAGCGGAUGAUCAAACAAAAGUGCCUGAGAUCAUCAGCUCCAUCCGGCAGGCGGGGAAGAUCGCCCGCCAGGAGGAGCUGCGCUGCCCCUCAGAGUUCGACGACACGUUCGCCAAGAAGUUCGAGGUGCUGUUCUGCGGCCGUGUCACAGUGGCCCACAAGAAGGCUCCGCCCGCGCUCAUCGAUGAGUGCAUCGAGAAGUUCAACCACGUGAGCUGCAGCCGUAGGGCAGACUGUGAUGCACCGGGGCGGCCCAUGCGCAAGUCCUUCUCACAGCCCGGCCUGCGCUCGCUGGCCUUCAGGAAGGAGUUCCAGGACGCCGGCCUGCGGAGCAGCACCUUUAGCUCCUUCGAGGAGAGCGACAUCGAGAACCACCUCAUCGGGGGACACAACGUGCAGCCCACGGACAUGGAGGAGAACCGCACCAUGCUCUUCACGAUUGGCCAGUCUGAAGUUUACCUCAUCAGUCCUGAUACCAAAAAAAUUGCAUUGGAGAAAAAUUUUAAGGAGAUAUCCUUUUGCUCUCAGGGCAUUAGGCACGUGGACCACUUUGGGUUUAUCUGCCGGGAGUCCUCAGGUGGAGGUGGCUUCCAUUUUGUCUGUUACGUGUUCCAGUGUGCAAACGAAGCUCUGGUUGAUGAGAUCAUGAUGACUCUGAAGCAGGCUUUCACAGUAGCUGCAGUGCAUCAGACGGCUAAGGCACCAGCCCAGCUAUGUGAAGGCUGCCCCUUGCAGGGCCUGCACAAGCUCUGUGAGAGGAUAGAGGGAAUGAAUUCUUCAAAAACCAAGUUAGAACUCCAGAAGCACCUGACAACACUGACCAAUCAGGAGCAGGCAACUAUUUUUGAGGAAGUUCAGAAAUUGAGACCAAGAAAUGAGCAGCGAGAGAAUGAAUUAAUUAUUUCUUUUCUGAGAUGUUUAUAUGAAGAGAAACAAAAAGAACACACCCACAUUGGGGAGGUGAAGCAGGCAUCUCAGAUGGCAGCAGAGAAUAUUGGGAAUGAACUACCACCCAGUGCUACUCGGUUUAGGUUAGAUAUGCUGAAAAACAAAGCAAAAAGAUCUUUAACAGAAUCGUUAGAAAGCAUUUUGUCCCGGGGUAAUAAAGCCAGAGGCCUGCAGGAACAUUCUGCCAGCAUGGACCUGGACAGCUCCAUGUCUAGUACUCUAAGUAACACCAGCAAAGAGCUGUCCGUGGGUGACAAGGAGGUCGUGUCCAUCUCUGAGAGCUCCUUCAAGCUCCCUGGCUCUUUGGAUGACCUGUCCAGUGACUCGGAGGGCCACCUUUCAGAAGAGUCUGCACUACUGUCUCCCCAGCAAGCAUUCAGAAGGAGAGCGAAUACCCUGAGCCAUUUCCCUGUGGAGUGUCCAGUGCCUCCAGAACCCACUGAGAGCUCUCCGGGGAUCUCUCAGAGAAAACUUAUGAGGUAUCACUCCGUGAGCACAGAGACACCUCAUGAACGAAAUGUGGACCAUCUUCCUGGAGGUGAGGCUAAGUGCUGCUCAGGUCAGCCUUCAGCUCCUCCUCUACCUCGUCUUAAUCCCUCUGCCUCCUCACCAAACUUCUUUAAGUACCUAAAACACAAUUCUGGUGGAGAACAAAGUGGGAAUGCUGUGCCGAAAAGUGUCUCCUACUGUAACGCCUUGCGGAAAAAACUUCAUUCUUCUUCCUCUGUGCCAAAUUUUCUAAAAUUUCUGGCUCCUGUAGAUGAAAAUAACACCUCUGACUUUAUGAACACAAAAAGGGACUUUGAUUCCAAAGCAAACCACCUGGGUGACACAGAUGGGACCCCUGUGAAGACCCGGCGGCAUUCAUGGAGACAGCAGAUAUUCCUUCGAGUGGCCACCCCACAGAAGGCAUGCGAUUCUCCGAGCAGAUACGAAGAUUAUUCAGAGCUUGGAGAACUUCCGCCACGAUCUCCCUUAGAACCAGUAUGUGAAGAUGGACUAUUUGGCCCAGUACCAGAAGAAAAGAAAAGGACAUCACGCGAGCUUCGAGAGCUAUGGAGAAAGGCAAUUCUGCAACAAAUUCUGCUGCUCAGGAUGGAGAAGGAAAAUCAGAAGCUACAAGCCUCUGAGAAUGAUUUGCUGAACAAGCGCCUGAAGCUUGAUUAUGAAGAAAUCACUCCUUGUCUUAAAGAAGUAACUGCAGUGUGGGAAAAGAUGCUAAGCACUCCAGGAAGAUCCAAAAUUAAAUUUGACAUGGAAAAAAUGCACUCAGCAGUUGGGCAAGGUGUGCCACGUCAUCACCGGGGUGAGAUCUGGAAAUUUCUAGCUGAGCAGUUCCACCUUAAACAUCCAUUUCCCAAUAAACAGCAGCCAAAGGAUGUGCCCUACAAAGAACUCCUGAAGCAGCUGACCUCCCACCAACAUGCCAUUCUCAUCGAUCUCGGGCGAACUUUUCCAACACAUCCCUACUUCUCUGCCCAGCUUGGGGCAGGACAGCUGUCGCUUUACAACAUUCUGAAGGCCUACUCCCUUCUGGACCAAGAAGUGGGAUACUGCCAAGGUCUCAGCUUUGUGGCAGGCAUUUUGCUUCUUCAUAUGAGUGAGGAAGAGGCGUUUAAGAUGCUCAAGUUCUUGAUGUUUGAUAUGGGACUGCGGAAACAGUAUCGGCCAGACAUGAUUAUUUUACAGAUAUGAUCUUUCUUCAGGGAUUAGAGGUCAUAUUUAAAGUGGCUUUAAGUCUGUUGGGAAGCCAUAAGCCCUUGAUUCUGCAACAUGAAAACCUGGAAACCAUAGUGGACUUCAUAAAGAACACACUACCCAACCUGGGCUUGGUCCAGAUGGAGAAGACCAUCAGUCAGGUGUUUGAGAUGGAUAUCGCCAAACAGUUACAAGCCUAUGAGGUUGAGUACCAUGUACUUCAAGAAGAACUUAUUGAUUCCUCUCCACUCAGUGACAACCAAAGAAUAGAUAAAUUAGAGAAAACCAACAGCAGCCUACGCAAACAGAACCUUGACCUCCUCGAACAAUUACAGGUGGCAAACGCUAGGAUCCAAAGCCUCGAAGCCACGGUAGAGAAACUUCUGAGCAGUGAGAGCAAGCUGAAGCAGGCAGUGCUGGCUCUGGAGCUGGAGCGCUCCGCCCUGCUGCAGAUGGUGGACAAGCUGCAGAGGCAAGCUGCCCAGCCCAGUGAUCUGGAGCCAGACUGCGCCCAGCCUGAGCCUACAAGUGACUGACAACUCCCAGCAGAGACUGCACACUGCUAAUGCUGUCCAGGCCUUAAUCGAGAGAGACAGAAACUGGAGGCAGAGAACAGAGACCGUCUCAGGGAGGAAACUGGCUUGCCAGCCUGCAGAUUCUUUGGCACUCAGACUUGCAGUUGGGAGGGCAAAAGUCCCAGAGUUUUUGUUGUUUUAGGAUUUGAUUCAUCCUUUCUCCAGUCGUGAUUACUAUACUCAGUAGCUUUAAACGGCAUGGACACGAAUAAACGCACCUUUAUGUUCCUUCUUUGCUUCCUUUUUUAGAGACACCUUGUUUUUAAAGAGCAUUUGUGAUACUGGGAUUUCAGAAGCAAGAAGGGCUUGAGAUAAUUCCUCAGGCAAAAGUGUGACUUAUCCGUCCUCUCCGACCUCACAGAGUUCCUGUGACCACACCCUCAGUGUCACCAUGAAGUGCAGUUGGCCCUUGUCUGUUCUUGUUACAGAAACCUGAGGUGACCAUGAGGAAGGACUGAAAGGGAUUUAUUUAAAUUGGAUAUCUUGAUUAUUACUGACUAAAUAGUCACUCUCAUUGGUACUGAAGAAAACUUUCUCAAAAACUAUUACAGUGUUUUAUGGUUUUUCUCGUCCUUUAAAGUCAUGGUAGAUAAAUGUUUCAUAACGAAAUCAGUUUUAAGACUCCACCGGUGAUUACUAAUGUGUGACCUGCAGUUGUGGGGUCUGAGGUAUUUAUUUGUUUGUGAUAGUUUCAUAUCCACACUAUGGAGCCAUGUAUUUAUUUUCGCCUAUUGUAUAAUGUUCUAAGGCCAUGUCUUCCUUUGAGUCUCUACCCCUUGGAAAUCUGAUUCCUUAUAGAAGGAGCAGAACACAUCAAGAUUUUCAGGAAUUCCUAAGAUUCUGAAACCUUGCAAAAGAGACCAGGCUGAAAUUGCAAUCAGAUUUAUGGCAGCUGACAAUUUUUCAGAGGUAGGAUGUAUGUGCUUUGAAACACAGUGACUUGUCUCUUGGGCUGGUGAGGACCCUGUGCCUUCAGGCAGAGCGCUGCUCACAGUCACCCUGCUUCCAGCUGGUUCUGCGUAGUGCAUCACCCAUGUGUGCUUAAAAGAAGCUAUUUUUUUGUGGUUGGUUGUUUGUUCAAAAAAUAAUAAAAAAGGCCUAGAGAGCUACCAUCACAGUGGCCUUCUGUGCAGUGGGCUCAGUUCUGGCCUUUGACUUCUAAUAGUAAUCCCUCCCGUUCCAAGGGUGUCUCUUUCUACUCUCUUGGGUAGGACAGGAUCUUCUAAACCGUGGGUGAAAGGAGGGACCACCAUUUUGGAAUCUCCCAAUCAUUUCAAAGGGAGACCAAAUGGUUGGGUGGUCUUGAGACUCCCUCUUGGUUUUGGGUCAGAAGAGAGCUCUUUUCUCCACAUACCAACAUGAACGAUCCCAGUCACCUCUCUUCCAAGCAGUUCCACCAGAGAUAGCUUAAAGGGGUUGGUAGUAGAGGGCUUUUUUCUACAUUGUAUUUUACUAUUUGAAUGUUUUAAAAUGUUGAAUUUUGGACAUAUUAUUACUGUUCAAAAACAUUGACUAUGGUAAGAAACAAGAAAGCAAUAAAAUGGAUAAUCUGCACCUGUC